UAAGGAAAAUGGCGCCUGGAAGAGACGCACUUCCGGCCCCGGAGCCAAACAAAACAACGGAGGCCAGAGGCCGGAAGUGACCCCUCGGCCAUUCCCCCGCCUCCUCGCCGCUGCUAACUUACAGGGAAGAUGAGGCAGUCCGGGGCCUGCGGCCGAGCAGCUCUUGCCGGGUGGUAGUCGGGGCGGAGACUGUGAGUGCCGGCUGCCUCGACCUCCUGCGCGUUUGCUGCGCUCGGAGUGACCAUCGAGCGGCUAGGGACAAGCAUAAUGGCAGAAACUGUUUCUCCACUCAAGCACUUUGUGCUGGCUAAGAAGGCGAUUACUGCAAUCUUUGACCAGUUAUUGGAGUUUGUUACUGAAGGAUCACAUUUUGUUGAAGUAACAUGUAAGAAUCCAGAGCUUGAUGGAAUAGCCACUGAGGAUGAUCUGGCAGAAAUACAGGGAUAUAAAGACAAGCUUUCCAUCAUUGCUGAGGUGCUAUCUCGGAGGCACAUGAAGGUGGCAUUUUUUGGCAGGACAAGCAGUGGGAAGAGCUCUGUUAUCAAUGCAAUGCUGUGGGAUAAAGUUCUCCCUAGUGGGAUUGGCCACAUAACCAAUUGCUUCCUAAGUGUUGAAGGAACCGAUGGAGAUAAAGCCUAUCUUAUGACAGAGGGAUCAGAUGAAAAAAAGAGUGUGAAGACAGUUAAUCAACUGGCCCAUGCCCUUCACAUGGACAAAGACUUGAAAGCUGGCUGUCUUGUACAUGUGUUUUGGCCAAAAGCAAAAUGUGCCCUCUUGAGGGAUGACCUGGUGUUAGUAGACAGUCCAGGCACAGAUGUUACUACAGAGCUGGAUAGCUGGAUUGAUAAGUUUUGCCUAGAUGCUGAUGUCUUCGUUUUGGUUGCAAACUCUGAAUCAACACUAAUGAAUACGGAAAAACACUUUUUUCACAAGGUGAAUGAGCGGCUUUCCAAGCCUAAUAUUUUCAUUCUCAAUAAUCGUUGGGAUGCCUCUGCAUCAGAGCCAGAAUACAUGGAAGAUGUACGCAGACAGCACAUGGAAAGAUGCCUACAUUUCUUGGUGGAGGAGCUCAAAGUUGUAAAUGCUUUGGAAGCACAGAAUCGUAUCUUCUUUGUUUCAGCAAAGGAAGUUCUUAGUGCUAGAAAGCAAAAAGCACAGGGGAUGCCAGAAGGUGGUGGGGCAAUUGCUGAAGGAUUUCAGGCAAGAUUACAGGAAUUUCAGAAUUUUGAACAAAUCUUUGAGGAGUGUAUCUCGCAAUCAGCAGUGAAAACAAAGUUUGAACAGCACACUAUCAGAGCUAAACAGAUACUAGCCACUGUGAAAAACAUAAUGGAUUCAAUAAACGUGGCAGCUGAAGAGAAAAGGGCUUAUUCCGUGGAAGAGAGGGAAGACCAGAUUGAUAGACUGGACUUUAUCCGAAACCAGAUGAACCUUUUAACACUGGAAGUUAAGAGAAAAAUCAAGGAGGUCACUGAGGAGGUGGCAAACAAAGUUUCAUGUGCAAUGACAGAUGAAAUUUGUCGACUGUCUGUUUUGGUUGAUGAAUUUUGUUCAGAGUUUCAUCCUACUCCAGAUGUACUAAAAAUAUAUAAAAGUGAAUUAAAUAAGCACAUAGAGGACAGGAUGGGAAGAAAGUUGGCUGAUCGAUGCACCGAUGAAGUAAACGCCUUAGUGCUUCAGUCCCAGGAAGAAAUUAUUGAAAAUUUGAAGCCAUUACUUCCAGCUGGUAUACAGGAUAAACUACAUACACUGAUCUCUUGCAAGAAAUUUGAUCUCAGUUAUAAUCUAAAUUACCACAAGUUAUGUUCAGAUUUUCAAGAGGAUAUUGUAUUUCAUUUUUCCCUGGGCUGGUCUUCCCUUGUACAUCGGUUUUUGGGCCCUAGAAAUGCUCAAAGGGUGCUUCUAGGAUUAUCAGAGCCUAUCUUUCAGCUCCCUAGAUCUUUAGCUUCUACUCCCACUGCUCCUCCCAGUCCAGCAGUGCCAGAUAAUGCAUCACAGGAGGAACUCAUGAUUACGUUACUAACAGCAUUGGCUUCUCUUACAUCUAGAACUUCUAUGGGCAUCAUUAUUGUUGGAGGAGUGAUUUGGAAAACUAUAGGCUGGAAACUCAUAUCUGUUUCAUUAACUAUGUAUGGAGCUUUGUAUCUUUAUGAAAGGCUGUCUUGGACCACCCAUGCCAAGGAGAGAGCCUUUAAACAGCAAUUUGUAAACUAUGCAACUGAAAAACUGAAGAUGAUUGUUAGCUCCACGAGUGCAAACUGCAGCCACCAAGUAAAACAACAAAUGGCUACCACUUUUGCUCGCCUGUGCCAACAAGUUGAUACUACUCAAAGACAACUGGAAGAAGAAAUUGCUAGAUUACCCAAAGAAAUAGAUCAGUUGGAGAAAAUACAAAACAAUUCAAAGCUCUUAAGAAAUAAAGCUGUUCAACUUGAAAAUGAGCUGGAGAAUUUUACUAAGCAGUUUCUCCCUUCAAGCAAUGAAGAAUCCUAACAACAGAGAUUGCUUUGGUGACCAUGAUAGGAAGAAACGAAACUUGUAAGAUUGGGACAGUUAUUUUUAUGAAAUGACUUUAAAUAUGAAUUGUACUAACUGUACCUAAAUAGCAAAGCCCUGUGUGGAUUCUGAUAGUGAUCUAUCUCAGGGUAUUUGUAUUUUGGAGAGUGUUAUGUCCUUAGUUUUAAUUUUGGGUAAAGAAAAGGCUUAAAUUAUGAAUUAGUUACAAGCAACAAUACCAACUUAUGUGACCCCUGAGGGGUGGGGCUGUGAGCUCUUCAUUUGUUUUUGAUUCUGAAAAACUCUGCUUCCUGGCAUCCAGGAGUUAGAGAUUGAGCCUUUCAUCUUCUUUCUCAAAACUAGUUUUUGAUGCUAUCUUUCAUGGGAAUAGUCACUUUUUAAUUUUAUUUAAUAAACUGCAUUGCCGGAAUCACCAA